AUGGCAGUUUGCAACGAUGGCGUCUUGACGCCAGUCUCGGACUGCCGCUACUUUGAUUUCACUGUCACCUUCUCGAACGUCCUCUUCGCCAUUUUGCCUUCGUGCCUCGCCUUCGUGCUCAUCGCCGCACGACUCGUACGCAUUCGUCGCAAGCCGGACCUUCCUACCGCCUCAGCUCAGCCUCGUCUCUCGCUUCUACGAUCAUGCACCCCUCACUCGGACCCCGUCAGCCUCUUUGGGGCCUUUGUUUACGUGACCAACGCCAUCCUCAGCUUGGCACUCGUCGGUCUCCUGGCUUCCCCUUCCUCUACCCCGCUGCGUCAGGCCAUGGGUGACCGCACCGGCAUGACCAGCGUCGUGCUCACCUUUCUGACGGCAAUCCUAGCAAUUCCUCUGUCGGUAGCUGAGCGCAGAAAGACACGCGGCGGCAACAUGGUCUUGCCUCUUUGGCUUCUCUUCACCUUGCUCUUCAACGCAUGUCGUAUUCGUACCUUCAACGCUAUCCCUACUAUCCGACACUCCUCCUUCUUCUCCGUUUACAUUCUUGCCUUCGGUUUCCAGGCGCUCAUGCUCGCCGCAGAGAAUGCCAAAGGGAUUCUCACCGUGGACGUCAAUUCCACCCAUGAAUCCCGUGCCAGCUUCUUCUCGCGUCUCUUGUUCAUUUGGGUCUUCCCUCUCCUCUGGAGCGGCUUCCGCAAACCGCUCGAGCUCGCAGACCUCGAUUCUCUCAAGCCCGACUUCUAUGGUCGUCAACUGGCACAGAGCUUCAUUGCAAGCUGGACGGGGGCUUCAAUCGGCACAAAAGACGACUUAACCACGUCGGACCCCAGCCCCUUCGACACCCAUGCUGAUCUGAAGCGCAGUCCUUCGCGCUCCAGCAUCGAUGCUUAUCCGCUCGAGAAGCUUGCCACCUCGCACUCAAACUCCUCGACUGCUGCAACGUCACCUAAGCAUGCUCCUCUGUACAACGGCAACCCUUUCCCUAAAAGGCAAAAUAAGCGCGGUAUCCUUUCAGCCACGCUACUCGCCUUCCCUCUCAGCACUCUGGCUCCUGUCCCAUGGAAGUUGCUGCUGACUGCUUGCGAGCUUGCUCAGCCCUUGCUUGUCUCUACCACGCUAGCCUUUGUCCAGUCGUACUCCGGCGUCCACAAGGACGACCCAGCUUCUGCUCAACCUGUCGUAUACGGCUGGGGUCUCGUCGGCGCUUACGCUUUCAUUUACCUCGGCCAAACCCUCGCUACCGGUCAAUACUGGUAUGCAAGUUCCCAAGUCAUGACCAAGAUCCGCGGUGCUUACGUCGAGGCCGUCUAUCGCAAGGGUCUCAACCUUCAUGUUAGGACCGCUCGAACCAGUGGUGGUGGCAAAGCGGCUAACCUCAUGAGCGUUGACAGUGAACGUGUAGUCAAGGCCGUCGACGUCAUUCACGCGCUCUGGAGCGGUAUCAUCACCAUCGCUAUCGGCGUGUAUCUCCUGUUCAACACCCUUGGCUUUGUCUUUUUCGCCCCCAUGGUUUCCGUUUUCAUCUGCUUCUUUCUUACUCCUCUUGCCAGUCGCGGCAUCGGUGGUAGACAAGCUGCUUGGAGCGCGAUGACCGACAAGCGUGUCAAUCUCACCUCGAGCGUUACAUCCGAUAUCAAGGGAGUCAAGUUCUCUGCCUAUGAAAAUGUUAUCCACGAAAAAAUUUGCAAGACUCGUGCAGACGAGCUAGCCCGUCGCAGUAAUGUGAACAAGCAGAUCACUGGCGUUGUAGUUUUUAGCAACAGUACUGGCGAGAUGCUCGGUGUCGCCACCUUCAUCACUUUGAUCAUCGUCGACAAGCUCAGCGGCUCCAACCGAUUCAACCUAAAUACCAUCUUCACCACGCUCACCAUCUUUGGCAUCCUGCAGGCUCCCUUGCUCCAGAUUGGUCAGCAAUACUCUUAUCUGUUGCAGGCUUGGGCAAGCAUGAAGCGCAUCGAGCACUUCCUCAACAGCGAGGACAAGCCUGAUCUCCAACAAGCUAUUCACGAUGAACUUGCUGGUCUCGCGACAACUGGCGACGCGCCCUACGCCGCCAAAUUUGAGAACGCUGAUCUUGGGUGGGACAGGGAGGUGGUUCUGUCCAACGUCAAUCUCGAAAUCCCUCAAGGCUCGCUCACGAUGAUCUGCGGUCGUUUGGGCCAGGGCAAGUCGACACUAUUGCAGGCUAUCCUUGGCGAGUCGGAUCUGAUCAACGGUCAACAGCGUCUUCCUUUGCUCUCGGGUCGCACGGCCUACGUCAGCCAGGACGUCUGGCUGCAAGAGAAGCGCUCCAUUCGGGAAAACAUCAUCUUUGCCACUGGCGAGUAUGACGAGGAGCGCUACAUCACGGCUCUUAAAGCCUGUGCUCUCACCGAGGACAUUGAAACCUUGCAGGAAGGUGACAGCACUACGGCCAGCGCACUCAGUGGAGGACAGCGACAGCGACUGGCUGUUGCUCGAGCCAUCUACAGCGAAGCCGAGUCCUAUCUGUUCGACGACAUUACCAGCGCUCUCGAUGCAGAGACUGCCGCCCACAUGUGGCGGUCUCUCAUGGGUCAUACGGGCUUGCUAAAGGGCAAAACUGUGGUCAUGGCCACCAAUGCUGUCCACCUCUUGCAUCACGCCAAGCUUGUUGUCCGUAUCGACGCUGGCAAGGUUGCUGAGCAAGGCCGAUACGAACAGCUCUCGAUGAAGGGCAAGGACGCCAUCUCACGAGCCAGUCUCGACUCGUCUCGCGUGAAGCCUGCCGAGCCAGCUGCAAAGGACAAGGCCAUCAAGACGGGCGCAGCGGAGAAGCAAGAGACUGUCAUGACCGGAUCCGUCGGCUGGAGGGUCUAUGCCACCUGGUUCAGAGCUGCAGGCCGCUGGAAAGUUUACUUGUUCUUCGCAUGCGCCGUUUUCGCAAAUGUCUCUAGCGUCGGAGGAUCGUACUAUUUGCAAGCCUGGACAAAAGCCCAGCAGAAGCAUCGGCUGCAAGCCUGGGGCGCUUGGCUCGGCGGGUAUGCCUGCUUGAUCCUCUUCAACCCUCUCUUCCUAGCCAUCGGAUUCUGGAUCGUCAACGUCAAUUGCGCCGAAUCGGCAGGCAACAGACUUCAUGCUGCAGAGCUGAGGGGUGUCUUGUCAGCUCCCAUCUCGUUCUUCUCUAAGUGGAGCUCGGGUCAGAUCACUAAUCGCUUUUCGCAGGAUCUCUUCAACGUCGACCAAGUCUUCACUAAUGCCAUCACGAACUCGGUUUUUGUUGCUCUGUCUUUCUUGGCUGCAUUGGUUACCAUGAUCGUCCCUGCGCCUUAUCUUGCCGUUCUUGGUGUCGUCCUAAUUGCAGCAUCAUGGGCCAUGCAACGUCUUUACAUCCCAUCCAGUCGCCAGCUACGCCGUUUGGAAAUGGCUGCCAAGAGCCCCCUCUACUCACUGUUCUCGGAGACGUCGUCGCCAUCGGGCCUCGCCACGGUGCGCGGAUUGAAGCGAGAAGCGAACUUGGUCGAGGUAAACACCGAAGCCCUUGACGUGUCUCAGACGCCUUACUAUCACCUGUUUGCUGUGCGAAGAUGGUUACAGACAUGGCUCCUUCUGUUCACAACCAUCACCAACGUGACGCUCGUCUUGCUAGUCGUGGUUCUGCGUCACUCCUCGCAGGCAGGCUUGUUUGGUGUCGCGCUCGUCCAAGCUACGCAACUGGGUAUAUUGCUCAACCACACGGUCAUCAGUUUCACGGAAGUCGAAAUAGCCGGUGUAGCUUUGGAACGCGUACGCGAGUUCGCCGACAUCGAACCAGAGGAGAAGGUCCUCAUUGGACAGCAGGACGACAAGGACAAGGACGACGACUCGAGUACGACCACCAUUACGUCCGCGAUCCGUGGCGACAUCAAUUUUGACAAGGUCACUGUCUCGUACGGUCCUGAGCUGGAGCCGGCGGUCAAGGAGCUCAGCUUUGAUCUUCGAGCUGGCAAGCGUCUAGGCCUGUGCGGUCGAUCAGGUUCCGGAAAGAGCACCACAUUGUUGGCACUGUUCCGCAUGAUAGAGAUGUGUUCCGGCACUAUCCGCAUUGACGGCAAGGACAUCACUGGUAUGUCAGCACGCAAGCUACGCUCUCAGAUGACCAUCGUGGCUCAGAACCCGCUUGUCUUGGCAGCUACGAUCCGGGAGAACCUCGACCCCGAAGGUCUCUGCACAGAGGACGAGCUAUGGGAUGCAGUGAGGAAAUGCGAUUUGGCUGACUUUGUCAACAAGCAGGAGAGCAAGCUUGAUACCCUCCUGCUGACAGGUGAUACUUUUAUCAGUUCGGGCCAAAAGCAGCUUCUGUCGCUCGCUCGAGCUUUGCUUCGAAAGCGAAGGAUCCUGGUCCUGGACGAGGCAACCAGUGCCAUGGAUGUAGAGACAGACGCAGCAGUCCAGAACGUGUUGUCGACACAAUUCGCAGAUUGUACUGUGAUCGCAGUAGCUCAUAGGAUUGCUACCAUCAUCGACUUUGACCAGAUCAUUUGCAUGUCAGCUGGCCGAGCUAUCGAGACAGGUAGUCCGCAGGAGCUGCUGCAGAAGAGAGGAGAGUUCUGGGCACUUGCUGCUGAGCAGAAGUGUGUCUAA